CUCAAUAUCUCAUUGUUGAUUGUUGUUGAUUUUCUCAUUUUGAUACUUUUCUAAAUUCAAGAAAUCUUUUCGAGACUUGCUGCCCUUGCUGCGCAUCUUUAAUUUUGACCCCAUGAAUCUUUAAUUGAAGGAAUUAUUUGCAGUCAUGGACAGUUUGGUUGAUUACAACGACACUGGCGAUUACGAUGCCUUAUUCCUUGCAGUUCAUAAUGGAGAUUUAAAUUUUGCUCAGAAAUAUUCGUCAGCAAAAAAAAUUCGUGGUAGAACAUUGUUGCACGUGGCGGCAGCGAGAGGUCAUGCAGAAAUAGUAAAGAUGUUUGCAAAACGAGAUGAAGAUGGAAAUACACCUCUACAUCUGGCCAUAAAAGAAAAUCAACCCACGGUGGUCAAUUAUCUUCUACAAGAGUGCAAUGUGAAUGCGAAAAAUCUCAGGGACGAACGGCCAAUUCAUUACGCUGCUUUGUACAAUCGUCAGGAAUUUACAAAGAGUCUCAUAGAUAAUGGUGCAAGCGUUAAUGUGAAGGAUAUCGAAGGAAAAACACCGCUUGAUCUUGCCUUGGCGAAGCAAAACCUUCAGACGGCAGAAAUUCUUUUCAAAAACGGAGCUGCUUUAAGUGCAUAUGAUUUGAAGUACAUGGUCUCUCUUAGAUCUGCUGCUCAAAGUGGGAAUUUGGAAAUGGUAAAACUGCUUAUGUCGAAAGGGUUGAACAAAGUCGAUUCUUCUCUUUCAACUGCAGUAACGCAUGGCCAUUUAGAAGUUGUGAAAUAUCUUAUGGAUAAUGGCUUGAAAGAAAAAGAAACAAUUAUUGAAGAUAGACAAGAGUUAUUUCAUAGAGCUAUUAAGGCUGGUCGUUUAGAUAUUUUUCAAUACUUGGUGGAUGUGGGUGUAAAAUCAGAAGAAGAUCACUUUUAUGAUGCAAUUUUCAGAAAGCGACAUGACAUAUGGAAGUAUUUAUUCACAUGCGCGUCGAAGAUAAAUGCCAAAACCUAUUUCAGCGAGACCCUUCUUCAUUCGUCAGUGCGCAUGGGACAUGUGGAAACAGUUAAAAUACUCGUUAACAAUCCAGCAGACGAUUUUGAGCCGAACUCCUUAGCUAGCAGGUUGGCUGUUUACAUUGCCGUUGAAUACGGCAGUGAGGAAAUUCUGCGAGUUCUUCUAAAUGCAGGUUACUCCGUAGAAAGUUGCUUCGAAAAUACAAGUCCCAUUCACACUGCAGCGACAUUCGAGCGCACGCGACUAGUGAAAAUGCUCAUAGGAGCUGGGGCUGAUGUUAAUUCUCAAACUAAACAUCUUUACACCCCGUUACAUUUUGCAGCAGCUGCAGGACAACCAAUGGUUGUGAAGCUUCUUCUAGACAGUGGUGCUGAUCCUUCUAAAGGAAAAAAAUACAGUGAAUUUCCAUUAAUAAUGGUUUUUGAUAUGUUUUCACCUUCAUCACUUCAUUGCUCAAUCAUUCCAGCUCCAAUGUUUAAGAAAUUAAUAAAAAUUACAGAAAUGCUAAUUCCAUUUUCUAAAAAUGCUUCACAAUUAUUUCAAUGUGCCUUUAAUUUAAGGGUUUCAAGUAAUUGCCGCAGUGAACAAUGUGUUUCAAAUUUCAAAUCUGAAGAUGAAGCAUCAAACGAGGAAAACAUGAAGAAAUCGGAAUUUCGUUCUGAAAUCGUUGAAUGCAUAUUUAAUUACAUGACUGAUGAAGAAAUAAAAUCUUAUUCAGAAUCGUUAAUAAAUCAUUAUUGUCGAAGUGAUUAUACACUAGAACAAUUGCAACUCAUAUUGGAAUAUAAUGAUUUUAAAUCAUGUGAUACUAUUCAAGUCAAUUGUCCUAGGACAAAUUAUGAGAGCAAAGUGCUUCUGAUCGGCUACUCUAAAAAUGCGAAAGAACUUUGGAAAAUGACGAGCACAAGAUGUACUUCAUGUUAUUUAAAUACCAGGAAGGAUAAAGAUAGAGAGUUUUGCAAGUUGAUAGUUGCACGUUUAGUCCUAUUGCUAACGAGGAAUUGUCAUCCGAGUGUGUACAGUUUUUGUGAAAAGAAUCGACUUACUUCUUGGCGAAAGAAAUGUGAAAAGGAGUGUGCCAGCAUGAAAGAAACAAAAGUUACUGAUGGCUUAAACAUCACCUAUUACGACGUUUUAACCGUAUCUGUGAAUCAACUCUCAAUGUACGUGAAGAACGAGAAUUUCCUUAAAGCAGUCGAAUCCUCGUACUCAAACUUUCCAGCGUAUGCUGAUUUUCUGAAAAUCAACGUUGAAAAUGGAAAACGAAGAAAGAAUUUUAUGAAUCAGUGCGUUACUUUAAUGGACAGUUUAGUUAAAAGAAAUCACAAAAUUUGUAUUUCCAAUGCUAACAUCAAUCAAAUUUUUCAAUAUCUCUCUGUCGUAGACUUGCGAAGAUUUUCAGCAGUGUUUUUUUGAAAUUUGUUCUUAACGUUGAACAAAGAAAGUAAUUUUCUUGGUCAUGGAAUAUCGAAAUUAUUUCCUCAUUAUUGUUUUCGAAAAGUUGCAUAUUUUUAACUAAUAUGAAUAAUAGAUAUUUUUCAAAUGUCGCCAUUGAUUAAAACGUUGGCAAUAAUAUCUACCUAUACGUAACUAUUUUUAUAUUUAUUUUUGUUGCAUUCAAAAUGUUAAACGUUCACAUAAAUGAAACAUAAAAGUCGUCAGUGUAAAUUGUUUAUCAAUUGAAAUGAUAUGUUACAUAAUUGUGGAAUCCACUAAAAUAAUGUUAUAUUAUAUUAACCUUCGGGUUAUUUCUUUGAAUUGUUCGAAGAUCA